UUUAUUAUUACGUAUGAACAAAAAACUUUAAUGAUAAUACCGCAUACCGUUGAAGCCACAAAUCAUAGUUAUAAUCCAUUAUGUCUACUGUGAAACAUUUUAUUAUAUGAACAAAGCCGCAUAUUUACUUUGACGCUACUUGUAGUUGCAGAUAUUUUGGGAGACUGCAUAGUAUUAAGUAGAUAAGUUUCUAAGCGUUUAGUUUUCCCACGCAAAGGAAUGCUAACGGUACUAAAAUCUUUUUAGUUCAAGUCGCGAAAUUCAGUUCUACGCAUAUUCGGUUAAAUUCAGUGAAAUUGAAAGUUAAAGAACAAAUAAGUGAUAUACUUAAUUUGCUUAGGAUUAUUUAUAACUUCAGCUGUGUCUAACCUAAAGUACAUUUGGAGUUCCAAACCAACAGCCAACAUGUUUGAUAAGCCAAUCAAUUUGAAAAACGUUCGUAAAUUUGCACUCGAACAUUUCAAACGCAGACGCGCACCACACGGCAACGCAACAAGACAACCAUCUUCAACAACGGUCGCUGACAGCAGCGUUUACAUUGGCAUCGGCGGUGACGAAGCGGGCACUUCGUCAGCAAUUGCAUUGAGCGCUGGUAGCAUCAAGGUUACACGAUUCCCAACAGCGGACGCAUACGAAUUAGUGAGUGUAGUAAAAGCGUCGAAAUCGACCGGAACAAAACCGAAACUUCCGAAACGUUUACGGCAGACACCGCUAACAACAACAGCAUCAGCGAUCACACCACGCACGAGCUUACGUCACAAACAGUAUAAACAAAGACUACAACAACAUCAGUAUACCGAUGUGUUUGUGGAUGCAAGUGAAUUGAAGCGAAAGAUGGCACAACAGAAUGGUGAUAAUGAAACUAAACCUCUCACACAGACCUACCUUACGGAGAAGCCAAAAAUACAGCCAAAAUAUGAUGUCCAUCGUGAUGUCUUAUCCCAUGAGGUGGUCAUCAAACAGACCGGCUAUGGUGCGCGCGACAAGAGCAUACCAUCGGGUAUGCGUCGCUCAUGGCAGCAUUGGUCCUUCCUGUCGUUAUUUGUCGGCAUAAUACCGAUUGUACAAUGGUUGCCACGCUAUUCGUUGCGUCGUGAUGCUAUGGGUGAUAUUGUAUCGGGCAUCACGGUGGCGAUUAUGAAUAUACCGCACGGUAUGGCUUAUGGUAUAUUGGCGGGUGUGACACCGGGUUGUGGUCUGUCGCUUGCUAUUUUCCCUGUGAUCGUGUACAUGAUAUUGGGUACAUCGAAACACAUAUCGAUUGGCACAUUUGCUGUGAUAUCUAUGAUGACAUUGAAGGUGGUGCAAACAUAUGCGACCGAAGACAGUGUGCUACUAGCACCGGCGGUGGCGAUAAAUGUGACGGCGAGUGGUGCGACGGAAGCUGUUAAUGUGGCGCAGAUAAUAACACCUGUUGAAGUGGCGACAGCGUUGGCGUUUUGCACGGGGUUGUUACAUCUCGCCAUGGGCUUCUUCCGUUUGGGCACAUUAUCAGCACUCCUCAGCGAUCCACUGGUCAAUGGCUUCACUACUGGCGCCGCCGUACAUGUCACCGUUAGUCAGUUGAAGGAUGUGCUUGGCGUGCAGGUGCCACGUCAUAAGGGUGCCUUUAAAAUCGUCUAUACCGUUAUCGAUCUCUUUAAGUCCAUACCAAAUACGAAUAUUAUAGCCCUCGUUAUUUGCGUUGGCAUUAUGAUCUUCAUGACCGUCUGCAAUGAAUGGCUUAAGCCAUGUCUGAAAAAACGUUGCCGCUUACCCUUCCCCGGCGAAUUGAUAUCCGUUAUUGGUGGCACCGUGAUCUCACGAAUACUUGAUCUGCAUGGCAAUUAUGGUGUGACAUUAGUCGGUGAUAUACCAAAGGGUUUACCUAUGCCUGAACUGCCCCGCAUGGAUCUCGUACCAGUGGUGGCGGUGGAUUCCAUUGCUAUAGCGAUAGUCAGCUUCUCAGUGGUCAUGUCGAUGGGUUUGACAUUUGCGAAGAAACAUUCAUAUGAGGUGCGCGCCAAUCAGGAGCUCUUCGCCUUGGGUAUGGCCAAUUGUAUAUCCAGUUGUUUCUCUUGCUAUCCACUGGCAUGUUCGCUGUCGCGUUCCGUUAUACAAGAGCAGACCGGUGGUGUGACACAGAUAGCAUCGCUCGUGUCGGCCGUAUUGAUUAUAAUGACAUUGUUGUGGUUGGGUCCGUUUUUCAGCACACUGCCACGGUGCGUGCUGGCGGGCGUCAUUAUUGUCGCCUUGAAGCCGAUGUUCAUGCAAGCGAAAGAGCUAAAGAAAUACUCCAAGCAAGGCAAAUUGGAGCUGCUCACAUGGAUUGCGACUUUUGCACUGGUGGUAUUGAUCGAUAUUGAUUAUGGUCUACUUAUCGGCAUUUUGAUUUCCCUAUUGGCGCUCUACAUAAAAGGUCUGAAACCCUAUUGCUGCCUAUUGGGCACCAUACCCGAAGCACCUGCGGUCUAUGUGGAUCUCAAUCAUCAUCGCAAUGCUAUUGAAGUGCCCGAAACGAAAAUCUUCCGUUAUGUGGGUUCACUAAAUUUCGCUACAAACAUGUAUUUCCGUCAUUCACUCUACAACCUCAUCGGUUUGGACAUGAAGAAACUGCAACGCAAUAAGACAGCUGUACAACAGAAUGGCAAAACAAUUGAAAAUGGUGAAGUGUCACAGUUGAAUCCCUUCAAUUUCCUCAUAUUGGAUUUCUCUAUGUUGGGCCAUGUGGAUGUGGCGGGUUGUAAAGCGAUAACGGACAUAAUGAAGGAACUGAAAGUGUUGGGUGUGCGUCUAUUCAUAUCCAGUCCAUCGGAUCGUGUUUACGACACGUUAGUGCAUAGUAUGGCGUUGGGCGAGGGCCCAUUCGAAACGUUCCCCACACUGCAUGAUGCGGUGGAAUAUGCUAAAGCUUGCCGACUGGCAUGAGACUUAAUGUAUAGAUUUGCCAAUGGGCUUGUAAGAUAUAUGAAUAAAUAAUGCCACAGGCGUUUAGUACACUGUAAAUAAAAAAAAAAUAGCUGUGAAGACAACUCUGGGAUUUGCUAACGCUGCUAUGUUUAUAAUACAGUUGUGUAACGCAAUCAAGAUUUUUUUUUAAAUAAAUUUAGUGAGCUUGUACCUUGAGUGAGUGUUGACGAACAACAAAAAAAAUAAUAAAUGAAAUAAAAAAAAAAAACAAUAAUAAUAAGAAAAUAAUUAUAAUAAAAUAAUUAAAAAAAAUAAUAAAAAAAAAUAUUUUUAUUAUUAAACUUAACUAGCGUUAACAUUUAUUAUAUAUAUUAUAGUUGAAAUUUAUUUGAUUAUGUUAAUGUUAAAUAUUAUCUUUUUUUUUUGUUUUUUUUUUUUAACUGAAAUCACAACCACCUAAUAAUACGAAAAGAAGGUACAACGACAUUAACUACAAAUAAAAACUAUUUAUUUUUUAUGUAUAUAUACAAAUAAUGUAUAGAAUAAAGAAAAUAAAAAAUAUUGUAAUAUAAGUUAAAAAUAAAUGAGAAAUAAAAUUUUAUUAUAAUUAAAAAAUAAUAUUAAAAAAAUAAAAAAAUAUUAUUCUUUAAAUUUUGUAUUUAAAAAUAUAUACAAUUUUAUAUAAUACCAUCUGUGUCCACAGAGUAUAAACAUUUAAUUAUUGAGUUAUAAACCUCAAAUUUAUUAAAUAAAUUCAAUAUUUUUGCUGUUGUAACAAAUUAUUGUUGCAUUAGCAUGCUUGAAAUAUAUUUUUGCAAUAUAACAAUUUCGAAAUUUACUUCAAAAUUUAUAAUUUUUAAAUAUGUAAAUUUCAAAAUUUAUAAAAACCGAGUUAAGCUGUUUUACCCUGUGGACAUAAAUCAGUACAUAUAUUGUAAAUAAUAAAUAUAUGCAAUUAUUGUACUUAGUAUAACAUACUAUAAGUAUGUUUAUAAUUUAAAAACUUGUAAUGAAUAAUUUUGAAAUGUAACUGUUUACCAAAAAGAAAAAAAAAACAUCAAUUAAAUAUAAUUAUUUAUUAAGUAAAAUUGGGUUAAUAUAGAAAAAAUAAAUUUGAAUUUUUUAUUGAAAAAGACAUGCAAAAACAAAAUUGUUCGAAUCAGAAAUUGAAACGAAUUUUAAAACUUUUUCCCAGAAGAUAGAAUUAUUUGUGGAAAGUAAAUUAAAACAAAAUUUAAAUUUUUGUGAGCAGAAGGUAAAAUUAUUUGCAGAACGUAAAUUAAAAAAAAAAUCAAAAUUUUUUGGCAGAACAUAAUAUUAUUUGUGGAACGUAAAUUAAAUAAUCAAAAUUUAAUUUUUUUGACAAUUCAUAAUAUUAUUUGUGGAUCGUAAAUUAAAUAAUCAAAAUUUAAUUUUUUGGCAGAUCAUAAAAUUAUUUGUGGAACGUAAGCUUAGAUGGAACGUAAAUUAAAAUAAAAUUUCUAAAUUUUUUGGUAGAACAUACAUUUAUUUAUGGAACGUAAGCUUAGAUGGAACAUAAAUUAAAAUAAAAUUAAAAAAAUGCCAGAACAUAAAAUUCUUUGUGGAGUGUAAAUUAAAAUAACAUUUCAACUUUUCGGCAGAACGAAAAAUUAUUUGUGGAACGUAUGCUUAGAUGGAACGUAAAUUAAAACAAAACUUCAUUUUUUAGCAUAACAUAAAAUUAUUUGUGGAACGUAAGCUUAGAUGGCGUUUGAAAACUUAAUUUUAAAGCUACAAUAAUAAUAAUAAAUAAAUAAUAUCUAUUUUUUGUUUUAAGCUUUAUUUAUUUAUUGUAUCUAAAUUUAAUUAUUUCUUUUUUUUAAAUUACACUUUAUAAAAAAAAUAUUUUUUUAUGUUACAUUAAAAUAUAUUAAGUCUUAUAUCAAAGUAAAUAUUUCUUUUAAAAUAUCCAAUUUAAAAAAUGUUUAAAAAUGUUUCAAAUAAUAUUUUUUUAAAUAUUUUUUACUUACUUUACAUAAAAAAGUUACAAACAGUAACCAAGAAGCUUGUGAAAACCAACAACAAUAAACUUAAUAGUUGCUAAGUACUUUAGCAUAGUGCAAAUAUACAAUGUACUUUGUGCUUGAGUAAACGUGUUGUGCAAUAUUUAAAGUAAACAAUUAUGUAAGCAUAUAUUUAUAUAAAUAUUUAGCUAGUUAAAUGAGACUCAAACGAUUAACAAGUGCCUCCAAAAAAAAGCCAGCCAUAAGAGGUGUCUAAAUGCUAAUAACAAUGAAUACAAA